AUGAAAUUGUUAUGGGCUGAUGGUCUAAGAUUUUUCUCGCAGGCAAGCCCAUCAGAUCCAGAAAAUUUCCCAUUUGUUGUUUUGGGAAACAAGGUUGAUGUGGAUGGUGGAAAUAGUAGAGUGGUGUCUGAGAAAAAGGCUCGGGCUUGGUGUGCCUCGAAAGGUAAUAUUCCAUACUUUGAGACAUCUGCCAAGGAGGGUAUCAAUGUUGAAGAAGCAUUCCAAUGCAUAGCAAAGAAUGCCCUGAAAAGUGGUGAAGAAGAAGAAAUAUACUUGCCCGACACCAUUGAUGUUGCAAGCAGCAGUCAGCAGAGGUCGACUGGAUGCGACUGCUGACCAACAGUUUUGGAUUUCAGAUUUGCGGCAAAAAUUGUAUGUUUUGUACGGGGCUGCAGACUGGUAUCACAAUUCUGGUUGAACUUGGUUGUAUGGAGCCUUGUGUGUGUGUACUACUUCAGUGACGGGAUUGCAUUUGAUUUCUUCAUAAGCCCUUUAUUGGUGAGAAAGAUCAUGUAUUUUCAUAAGCCCUUUAUUUGUAAAAGAUCAUGUGUUUUUAUCAUCUUUCAGUACGUUGGAAAGGACACUUUUUGGAAUAAAUUAUCAAAUUACCGUUGUUUCAGUAG